CCUGGUCUGUGGUUCAAAGAAUUUUGUGGAUUUGUGGUUUGCGAUCGAUUUUUUUUUUGAGAAAAGCAAACAAUAAUCGAGAAGUUUUAAAAACAAAUUAAAUAUAAACAAAGCUUGAAUUAUAAGUCAUUACUAUUGGUUACGUUAAAUUCCUUUCUAAAUACUUCUCUUGGGUUAGGAGAUGUGUUUCUCUAAUAAACGCUAUCGGUGAGACCAAUGUUUUUUCAUUAUAAUGUCAAAACAAGGAAAAAGAAAAAUUACUGUCGAGUUACCGAAAACAAAAGACCUCUCGAAUAGACCAAGUGUGUUUGAACGUCUCGGUACCAAGAAGUCGUCGAGUGCGAAGAAAGCGACUACGGAACAUUGCAGGCAGUGGGCUCAACACGGCAGCUGCGCUUACGGCAAGAGUUGCAAAUUCGCGUCCACUCACACCUUGAUAAGUCCUUCCAAACAGCGGGCGGCUAACAAGGAUAGUGAGAAACGUGUGUUGAAGGAUGACCCUAAAAGCAGACUGCAUUCUACUGUAGUUGUCAGGUCUGGCAGAAGCCCGGACGGCGAGAUCGACAACUGGGACCAAAAUGACUUAGAAUAUGCGGACACAGACGUGCUGGAGAAAAGACGACAGCAGUUGCAACGUGAAUUAGAAUUGCAACUGAAAAUGGACUCUAAUAAAGACAUGCGGAAAGACAAAAAGAAAACUGUGUCAAGCUCCUCUUCUUCAAGAAGUUCCAGCUCGUCCAGUGUGUCGUCGUCUUCUUCAGAAGGCAGCACUUCUUCAUCCUCAUCUGGCAGGGAUGCUAAAAGGAGAGCCAAAAAAGGAAAAUUGAAAAGGAACUCUAGUUCAUCAUCGGAAUGUGAUGUACCUUCCAAAAAAAAGUUAAUAAAAACUGAUUCAAUGAAAAGAGAUAAAAGUGAAUCAAAAAAAGUUAAUGUUAAAAAAGAUGAUAGUAGGUUGAUAAAAAAGCAUGAAGCUAAUAAAAAGAAAAAUCUUUCAAAAGCAAUUGGUAAGAAAUCUUUGUCACCUGGUAAAAAAUCAGGUGGCACACCACCAAUAACUUCGAAAAGCGUAACAUCAAAAACUACUUCAAAACAUGUUAAGUCUCCACAAAGAAAAGAAAGAAAUAGAAGUGUUUCACCUCAUACCACUAAAGAUAAAGACAGGGAUCGAAUAAAGGAUAAAGAACGAGAGAAAGAAAGAGAAAAGGAGCGUGAUAAAGAUCGUUCUCGCCGCAGUCGAUCACCUAAGAAAUGUCGUUCGAGAUCCCCUCGUCAGCAUGGAUCUCAUCCAAAAGACCCUAGAAAGAAAGAUAGUUCAGAAAGAAGCAGGCCAGUGUCGCCUAAGAAACAAGUGAGAAGAGAUGGGAGUACUGAGAGACACAGAAAACGAUCUGCUAGCAGAGAAAGAGACAGAGGACGUGAUCACAAGGACAGAUCUUUAGAAAGAAAAAAAGAUAAACAUGAUGAUAAAGAUAGACACGAAAGAAAAGAUAGAGGACGUGAUAGAAACAAAGAUAGCAAAAGAGAUGAUUCAAAACGACGCGGCCGCGAUCGUGGUUUGGGUGGUGGAAGAGGUGACAAGGGUUUAGCAAAACCAAACAAACCAAUGCAAAGAUUGCUUCCGAGGCCGGAAGAACGAUUAGCUGCCUUAGCAGCUAUAUCUAACAGGGCUUUAGAAACUGACAAAAAUUCGACUACUUCUAAAGAUCGUCAGGAUACGCAUUCGGAAAGAGGCGGUCGUAAACAAGAUCGAAUUGAAAGAGACAGAUCCAACAAAAGAGAGAGGAUGGACAGUAUAGAAAGGGAACAAGGAGAAUUCGAUUCAGCAAUGGAUCGUCAAUACGAUCAUGGUCAUGACCACUACGACAGAAUAGACGAUCGUUACGACGGUGUUGCACGAGAAGGUGAACGAUCGCCUGGUUACUUACAAGGCAGGGAUAGGCACUAUGACCCUGGUUACGAUAUGGCAGGACCACCGCGAGGUUACCCUGAAGAUGAUGAUCGAAUGUAUGGGGAGUCUAUGGGCGACCCCAGAGGAAUGGAAAUGGGUUACGACGACCGACGACCGCAUCGUGAUCGUUCUUGGGAAGGGCGAUCUUCUAUGGAUCGUGAGCGCGGUUAUAUGCAUCCCCAUAAAGAAUGGGACAAUGAAGACUAUCGUGGCCCUGGUGACUGGGGUCGGGAGCGACAUUGGCCUUUACACGAUCCUCAGAUGAACGAAUGGGGUGACAAAGAGCAGGAUGUGGACGGUUGGCACCACCGUGGUCACCCUGGUCAUCGUGGUCGUAUGCAUGAUGACUACAAUCGCGGAGGAAGAAUGGAGCACGGACGAAACGAAGGCAACAAGAGGCGCGCGCCUCGGACUGAAACGGAACCUGCGAAGGAGCCUGCACCUGCUACGCAGACAGCUCCGCCCACACAGCCAGAGGAACACGAUUCGGAGGAAAAACCUCCUAUUCCCGAUGACUUGAGUGAAAUCAGCGACGAUCCUGAUGACAUUUUGGAUAGAGAAGAUAUGAUGGAUCAAAAUAUCGAUGAAAACAGUCAAACUGAUCAGCCAACUGAAGAAAGUAUAGCAAAGCUAGAUGGUUCAGAAAAAGAAUCUACUCAGGAUACAAGUGGUGCUUGUGAAGAAAAAGAAUCUCAAGAGGGUAAGGAUGAAGAAGACGUCACUAAUUUAGACUUCGAAGAAAUAUCUGACGGUGAAUUGGAGGAAGAACGUACUAGAGCUGGUCUGGGCGACGCUCUGGGCGUGGACUGGGCGAGCCUCGUCGCCGACGUGCACCGCCGCGAGCAGACCGCGCCCGCGGGCGGCGCGCGCGACCGUUGGAGGCCCGAACGGGUCCUCUCCCGAAUCGGACUCUCCAUAGAGAUGGCGGGCAAGGACACCGUGCAGAGCAUACUGCAGCAAAACGCCAAAUCACUCCAAACGGAGAAAAAGUCAGGCAACGGAGAUAAGCCCGGUCUGGUUAACGGGAAACAUGACGAUGACAAGCAGAAGUCAGAUAUUCCAACAGACGUCAAUGAUUUGCAUCCAGUGGCUGCUAUUCAGGUGGCGACAGAAAAGCGAAGACGCCAGCGCGCUGUAUUAUUUGGUUCUGGCUGCGAAAUCACCCGCGGUUUGAGCGCGAGACGUGAUUUAGCACUUCGCAGAUACCUGUGUCACUUGCCAGUGGCAGAGCGCACCGGACAGUCCCGUGUGGCCCCGCAGCCCUCACUGUUCCACGCUGCCCGCGCUCUGCUGAUGCAGGCUCCAGUUUCCGGCUGACAAAGACUAUAACCAAGAGUUGCUGGUGGUAAAUUGAAGAAAAAUUACUGACGUGGUGAAACCAAGAAAAUUCAGUUUCUUAACAGACAUUAGAAAUUAUAGAUUGGGCUUAUUAGAUGAAAUUAAUGAUAAAGCAAAGUACAUAUUAUGACAUUUUGAAAAGAAUUCAGGUUUAUUAAGAAAAAGAUGACAGAUAAAAUUAAUGAAUAUGAUUAUGAAUAUUUUUCACAAGUUUGGACAAAAUUUCUAAAAUCAUAUAAAACCUGAUUAUGUGUGAACUGACGGUGUUGCCAAAAAGACAGUGAACUAAAAUGUUUUAUUUUUCAAGUUUACAAUGAACAAAUGAUGAACAUAGAGUAUGGAUAUUUUUUCACAAGUUUGGACAAAUUUCAAAAUAAUGUAAAACCUAAAAAUGUGUGAACUGAGGGUGUUGCCAAUCAGACAGUGAAUUGAAAUGUGUUAUUUUUCAAGUUUAUCAUGAACAAAUGACAAAGACAAACAUAGAUACUAGAAGCAUUAUUGUUAGUAUUGAAACACAUUUUACAUGCAGUGAAGGGAUUUCCUUUUUUCAUGUGAUUGUGUGCAACAAAUGUUAGUAUCGUAACACUUUGAUGUUUCUUUUGAUAUUAGUGUAAUUUAGUGGUAUUUUGAAAAUAUCUGAUUUCAACAGAAACAGCUGUAUCCGGAAAUUUUCCAGGAGCACAAGAAUUGAUACUCAUUUUUGCUGCAACAUUGUAGAGUGGUCUUUGUGAAAAGAUAUCAGAUUUCAUGUGAGACAAUAGUGUUAUGUAUACAAUAGUGUAUUUUAUUGUAAUGUAUCUUCUAAGAAUUCUGUGCAGCAAAUGCUAUUAAAAUAUCAUGUCAAAAUGGUAAUAAAGUGUCCUAACUUAA